CCUUCCUCUCUGCCCGCGCCAGCCUCCAGCCGCCCCGGGUUUCCCGCUUCGUCCCCUCCUCCUCCACUGACGCAGUCCGUCUGCACCAGAUCCUAACAUGGCGGCGGCGAGGUGGUGAGGAGCGCGGCCGGAGGGAGGUUUGAAGGGCCGCAACGAGAGGGGCUGGAUAUAACAUUCUAAAGCCAUGGGAGUGAAAACACAAAGACCUCGUUGUUUUUUUGACAUAGCCAUCAAUAAUACCCCUGCUGGAAGAGUUGUCUUUGAAUUAUUUUCAGAUGUCUGUCCAAAAACAUGUGAGAACUUUCGCUGCCUUUGUACAGGUGAAAAAGGUAUUGGAAAAUCAACCCAGAAACCACUUCAUUACAAAAGUUGUUUAUUUCAUAGAGUUGUAAAAGAUUUCAUGAUCCAAGGUGGUGACUUCAGUGAAGGAAAUGGGAGAGGAGGAGAAUCAAUUUAUGGAGGCUUUUUUGAAGAUGAAAGCUUUGCUGUAAAGCACAACAAAGAAUUUCUUCUUUCAAUGGCCAACAGAGGGAAAGAUACAAAUGGUUCACAGUUUUUUAUGGUGCUUCAAGGACAAUGGUCACAGACAGAUUUGGACUAUAAUACCAAUUGGCUAGAGCUUCGAGUGGUCCAUUUGGCCCUGAGACAAUUAGAGGACGUGGUCUCAGAAUAUAGUGGAAUUGAAGAGGAUUUGGAACAAGUGAUAGCAGGAAUAUUAGCAGAAUUGUUGGAAAAAGAUAAGGAUGAUAUUCUGAAAGAGUUGGACGAAGUGUAUAGAGUGAGUACAAACAAUGCAAGACGUCAUAAAUACCCAAAAGAGGUUCACUUCAACAAAUCUAAAGCCAAGAAGGAAGAGAAGAAAAGGCGCAAAUCAUCGUCUUCAUCUAGUGAUUCAGAAAGUUCAAGUGAUUCAAAAACGUCUUCUGAUUCGUCCACUGAAUCUGACAGUGCUGCUGAAGAAAAAACAAAGAAAAAGAAAAAGAAACACAAAAAAAACUCUAAGAAACAUAAGAAAGAAAAGAAAAAGAGGAAAAAAAGCAAAAAGAGUUCAGCUAGUGAAACUGAAACAGAAAACCCUGAAUUGCAACAACCACUUUCUACAGUCCGUCCAGAAGAAAUUCCUCCUGUUCCAGAAAACAGAUUUUUGAUGAGGAAAAGUCCUCCCAAAGUAGAUGAAAAAGAAAAAGAAACAAAGAACAGAGAAAGGGAAAGUAAUCCAUCAAAUUGUCAAACAUCAUAUCAGAGAAGGCUCUUGGUGACAAGAUCUGGUCGAAAAAUAAAAGGAAGGGGACCAAGGCGGUACCGGACACCUUCAAGAUCCAGGUCGAGGGAUCGCUUUAGACGCAGUGAGACUCCUCCACACUGGAGACAGGAAAUGCAGAGAGCCCAAAGAAUGAGAGUAUCAAGUGGAGAAAGGUGGAUAAAAGGAGACAAGAGUGAAAUGAAUGAAAACAAGAAGGAUGCUGCAAAUCAAAAAAGCCCAGGGAGAGGAAAAGAAAGAAAAAUAUCUGACUACAGAGAGGGUUCUGAAAGUCUAGAUAGAAGAGGAGAAAAAGAAACACAGCCCAAAGAUCCCAAAUCUGACAGUAAAGACAGAGGGACAAAGAGGAAUUCUGAGAAGGAAGAUAAGGACAAACAUAACAAAAGUAAAGCCAAAAAAAAGGCUAGAUCCAAAAGCCAGAGCAAAAGCAGAGAGAUAUCAAAAAGUAAAGAAAGAGACUCAAAAUACAGUAAACAUGAAGAUAAAAAAAUGCGAUCAAGAAGCAGAGAAAAAGACAAAGAAAAAUAUAAUGACUUUCAUGGCAGAGAACGGAGCAAAAGCAGGGAGAAGAAUAAAAGGGGAAGAUCUAGAAGUAAUAGUCAGAAUCAUACCAAAAGUAAAGAGAGGGGAAAACAUGAACACUCAAAAAGCAGGGAACGCGAGCAGUCUAAAAACAAACAUAGUUCCAAUAAUAAGGCCAGAGAGAGAAGCAGAAGUGUGGACAGAGGCAGGCGAGCCAGGUCCAGAAGUAAAGAACGAGACCACAGCAGAAGUAAAGAUUAUUCCAAACACAGAGAUAAAGAAGUGAAAAGAAAAGGGAGGUCAAGAAGUAGAGAGAGAAGAGGCACACCAGAGAGGUCCAGAGAGAAAGACCAUAAAAGGCGGAAGGAAUCCCAUAGCUCUGAGAGGGAAGAAAGUCGAAGUAAAGACAGGCAUCGGGAUCAAGAGUACAAAAGUUCUCGGAGAAAGGAAGAUACUGGAAAAAAGAUGCGCUCAAAAAGCCAUGACAGCAGUAGCUCUGAGACGAAUAAAAGCAAAAAAUCCAGUAGAAAUCAAGAUAGAAGUCCUGACUCAAAGAAAAGAAGAAGCAGCAAGGACAGAGAAUUGAAAAGAUCAUACUCACGGAGGAGUAAAGAAAAGGAAAGGGACAGAUCUCGUUCUUCAAGAGAAAAAGAGAUCAACCAAAAAUCAAAAUACCAGGAGAGAGAUCGUGCCCAUGGCAAAGAUAAAAAAUCCGAUCAUGAAUCAAGUGCUGGGACUGAUGAAGAUAGGCAUGGAUGAGUUUAUGAACUUAUUGUUUCCACUCUGCUUCUAGGUUCUAGAGACAUGUUGGGGAACAUUUUUUUUUAUGUGGACUUCAGUUUGGUUUUUUUGAUAAUCCACAAUCUGGAUCAUUUGUACUGCUAAAGUUUUAAUAAACUUGAAAUGGAAAAACAA